AUGAAGGGAUCCAUCCUCGCUGUCGCCGCCGUUGUUGGCGGUGUGAGCGCCGCUGCCCACCGUCACGCUCACGGUGAGCUGUUCAAGAGAGGCGCCGACCAGGCCUCCGUCUGUGUCCCCGGAUGCACCACCAUCUACACCACCAUCUACGGCGAGCCUACGCUGGUUCCUCACCCCCCCACCAAGCCCAGCAGCAAGUCCGUCGCCGUCCCCUCGGCGCCCGCGACCACCAAGGUCCCGGAGAAGCCCACGUCCACCCAGAAGCCCGCCGUGGACCUGCCGACUCCCGUCCCUGAGCUCUGCCCGACCCCGGGUACCUACACCUUCCCGGCGACCACCAUCACCGUCAGCCAGACCACCACCGUCUGCGCCCCUGAGACCACCAAGGUCCCGGCCGGCACUCACACCAUCGGCGGUGUCACCACCAUUGUCGAGAGCGCCACCACCGUCGUGUGCCCGUACGCCACCGAGAAAACCACGAACGGUGUCGUGACCAGCGUUGUCGAGACCACCACCUACGUCUGCCCCACUCCCGGCACUUACACAAUCGCCCCCACGACCACCACCGUCACCGCCCCGACCACCUGCGUCUACCCCGUUGUGACUGAGGUCGUCCCCGGUACCUACACUCGCCCCGCCGUCGUCACCACCAUCACCGAGACCAGCGUCGUCGUCGUCUGCCCCUUCACCAGCGAGGAGCCCAAGCCCACCAGCACUCCCGUUCCCACCACCCAGGCUCCCGUCCCUACGACCUCUGCUGUCGUGGUCCCCGCGCCUGUCCCCACGACCUCCGCCGUCGUGAUCCCCGCGCCCGUCCCCACGACCUCCGCCGUCGUGACCCCUGAGCCUGUCCCUACCACGGCCAAGGCUUCCUCCGCGCCCGCCCCGUCCUCUGCCCCCGCCACCGGUGGCAGCCUCGGCGGUGACAACGGCGACCACUGGGCCAUCACCUACACCCCCUACUCUGAGGAUGCCUCCGGAUCCUGCAAGUCCGCCGACCAAGUCGACUCUGACAUCGCCUCCAUCAAGAAGUCCGGCUUCCGCACCGUCCGCAUCUACUCCACCGACUGCAGCACCCUCGAGAACGUCGGCUCCGCCUGCGAGAAGUACGGCCUCCAGAUGAUCAUUGGCAUCUUCGUCAAGGAGUCCUGCGACCCCAACUCGGCCGACAUCAAGAGCCAGGUCGAGGCCAUCACCAGCUGGAAGAAGUGGAACAUGGUCGAGCUCGUCGUCAUCGGCAACGAGUGUAUCUUCCAGGGCCGCUGCGCCGCCUCCUCCCUGAAGCAGCUCAUUGUCUCCACCAAGGCCACCAUCUCCGCCGCCGGCUACACCGGUCCCUUCACCACCGCCGAGACCGUUGGCGUCUGGCAGCAGACGGACGUCAUGUCCGAGAUCUGCGAUGUCAUUGACGUCGUCGGUGGUCAGAUCCACCCCUACUUCAACGCCGACACCGCCGCUUCUGAUGCCGGUACCUUCGUCAAGGGCCAGAUCGAGCUUCUCGAGAGCUCCAGCAUCUGCGGCAACAAGCCCGCUUACAACCUUGAGUGCGGUUGGCCCUCGGGCGGUAGCUGCAACGGCAAGGCCUGCCCGGGUGUCUCUGAGCAAGCCGUCGCCAUCGCCUCCAUCAAGGAGCUCGCCGGUGGCAAGACCGUCUUCUUCUCCUUCCACAACGACCUGUGGAAGGCUCCCGGCACUUGCGAAUGCGAGCAGUCCUGGGGUUGCGGUCAGCUCUUCAUCUAA